CGCUUGAAUACGGACGUGUUCUCGGUUCGAAGUUGAAUCACUACGGAUCGGUCGUCUCGCUUCGCUUCGGUUGAAAGUUCAAAAACUCGUCAAUUGACAUAAAUUGAGUGCAAUUUGCAGUAUGCGAAAUGUGUGUCUAACUGAGCCAACGAAUCACUAAAUUCUUCGCCUAGUCGCGUGUUCAGCCCACUUCAUUAAAUUAAUUAGAAAACCAAAAACAAAUCGUAUUCUGCAUUCGAUAUGGCCGAUGAAAGUCUACACACCGUGCCCCUAGAACAUAACAUAGACUAUCAUAUCGUGACUUUGUUUGAGCGCCUGGAGGCGAUGCGCAAGGAUUCGUACGGCGGAGGCCACGGGGUCAAUAAUCGGUUAUCCAGCACCAUGCAGGCUCCCAAACGUAACAUGCAAGCCGAGAUUCGCGCCCUGGAGUUUUGGAGAUCCAUCAUCAGCGAGUGUCUGGCCUCGUUCAUGUACGUGUUCAUCGUCUGCGGUGCCGCCGCGGGCGUCGGAGUGGGUGCCAGUGUGUCGUCCGUGCUUUUGGCCACGGCGCUGGCCUCCGGACUGGCAAUGGCAACACUGACGCAGUGCUUCCUUCACAUCUCGGGCGCCCACAUUAAUCCCGCCGUAACCCUGGCCCUCUGCGUAGUGCGAUCUAUAUCUCCGAUCCGAGCUGCCAUGUAUAUAACCGCACAAUGUGGCGGUGGUAUCGCUGGAGCAGCCCUGCUUUAUGGCGUAACAGUGCCAGGAUACCAGGGAAAUCUUCAGGCCGCCAUCUCACAUAGCGCUGCUCUGGCUGCCUGGGAAAGGUUCGGAGUGGAAUUCAUCCUCACUUUUCUUGUGGUUCUGUGCUAUUUCGUAUCCACGGAUCCCAUGAAGAAGUUCAUGGGCAAUUCGGCCGCUUCGAUUGGAUGUGCUUACAGCGCCUGCUGCUUUGUGUCGAUGCCCUACCUGAAUCCAGCCCGCUCUCUGGGUCCUUCGUUUGUGCUUAACAAAUGGGACAGCCACUGGGUGUACUGGUUCGGACCUCUGGUGGGCGGCAUAGCCUCCGGUCUAGUGUACGAGUACAUCUUUAACUCGCGCCGCAAUCUGCGCCACACCAAGGGUAGCAUGGACAACGACUCCAGCUCCAUUCACUCGGAGGAUGAGCUGAACUACGACAUUGAUAUUGAGAAGCCCAACAAAUACCAGCAAUCCCAGGGAACUUACCAACGUGGACAGUCCAAUGGCAAUGGCGGAGGUCAGGCAGCCGGAAAUGGUCAGCAUCAACCUGCCAACAUGGGUCAGAUGACCGGAGUGGUGGCCAAUGCCGGACAGGGCAACUACUGUCAGAAUCUGUACACGGCUCCUCCGCUCUCCUCGAAGUACGAACAGCAGCAGGAGCCACUAUAUGGAGGAACCCGCUCCCUGUACUGCCGCUCGCCCACUCUGACCAGGAGCAACCUGAAUCGUUCACAAUCCGUCUAUGCCAAGAGCAACACAGCAAUCAACCGGGACAUUGUACCACGUCCAGGACCUUUGGUGCCCGCCCAGAGUCUUUAUCCUAUGCGCACCCAGCAGCAGCAACAACAACAACAGCAACAACAGGUUGCUCCUGCUCCUCAAUCCUCUCAUUUGCAAAACCAGAAUGUUCAGAAUCAGAUGCAACAGCGCAGCGAGAGUAUCUAUGGAAUGCGUGGUUCCAUGCGAGGACAACAACAGCCGAUCCAGCAGCAGCAGCAACAGCUCCAGCAGCAACCACCUAACAUGGGAGUUCAGCAGCAACAGAUGCAGCCACCUCCGCAAAUGAUGCCCGAUCCCCAGCAGCAACCACAAGGUUUCCAGCCAGUCUACGGAACUCGUACAAACCCUACGCCGAUGGACGGUAAUCACAAGUAUGACCGCCGUGACCCGCAGCAACUGUACAGCGUGACGGGACCAAGGAAUCGCGGGCAAUCGGCACAGUCUGAUGACAGCUCCUAUGGUUCAUACCAUGGAUCAGCGGUAACACCGCCUGCUCGUCAUCCCAGCGUGGAGCCAUCACCUCCUCCACCACCCAUGCUGAUGUAUGCCCCGCCUCCCCAGCCAAAUGCAGCCCACCCGCAACCAAUUCGCACCCAGUCAGAGAGGAAAGUGAGUGCUCCAGUGGUGGUAUCUCAGCCGGCAGCAUGUGCCGUGACCUAUACAACAUCGCAAGGACCGGCGGUGGCACCCCAACAGCAACAGCAGCAACAACAACAGCAACAGCAGCAGCAACAGCAGCAGCAGCAACAACAGCAGCAGCAGCAACAACAACAGAUGAUGAUGCAACAACAGCAGCAACAUUACGGCAUGCUACCGAUGAGGCCCAACUGAAAGCGGCUGUCAUGGGGUCCGGUGACCACGCCGCCGCCAGGGAUCCACGCCCUUGCCCUCCAACCCGGAGGCACCAUGACCCUGCACCGCUGCAGCCUAGCCAAGCAGAGCAGUUUGUUUUAGUCGUAGUCGUAGUAGCAUUCGGGCAUCGCAUCCAAAGGAAAUCUACGCAAGUCUCAGCCCUUAGUCUAGCUUAGUCCUAGUUUAGAUAGAUGCAGCAUAGCCACCACAUUGUAUUAUUCAAAGCCAACGCGACGAGGAACUCUCACCUAGCAGCAGACAACGAUGCGAUCAAGCAUAGAACAUGUAGUGUUAAGGAACUAAUAAAGGCAAAUGUUUAAUAUACACUAAAAGCUAGACUAGAAUAAAUAUCGGUGAUCUAGACUGAAAUAUAUAGAUAUUUACCUAAGAUAUUUUCUUUCAAAAAACCUCAAUUGAAAAUAUUUAUGUUUUCAA